CAUAAAACCUUAUCUAUACCUAAAGAUAUGUCUGGUGUAUGGGUGUUCAAGCAGAAUGGUGUGGUUCGACUGGUGGAGGGCGGUGGAGGUGAGUCCUCUCAGGGUUCGCGCCGACGUAAGGUCCUUGUCCAUGUACCAACGAACGAAGUGGUGACUUCCUAUGAUAGGCUGGGAAGAAUCUUGUCAUCAUUAGGAUGGGAAAGGUACUAUGAUGAUCCUGAUUUAUUGCAGUUUCACAAAAGAACAAAUGUGCAUCUCAUUUCUCUCCCCAAGGACUUCAACAAGUUCAAAUCAAUGCAUAUGUAUGAUAUAGUCGUCAAGAACCGCAACAUAUUUGAAGUAAGAGACAUGUAGCUAGCUAGUACCAAUUAGCUAUCUAGCCUUCCUUAUCCAGUUGUAGUUGGCUAGGUUCCAUUUGGAUUAUUACAAGAGUGUAUGUCGUGUGGUGAAUUAGGUUUUCAUAUAGAAGUUAAUUCGUGGUUUGUUUCCUCUAAGGUAUGAGUGAAGUAUGUAUGUCCAAGUUUGAUUAUGGGUUGUCAAACAUAAUGUUCGAGUGCUUAAUGGUCCUCACUUUUAGGUUUUGUGUUUAUGGGUGGUCGCAAUCUUCGAGUGCUUACUAGUCCUCAUUUUUAGGUUUUGUUAGAAAUUAAGAAGCGAAUUUCA